AAUUUUUUGAAGAUAAUCAUAUGAUUAUCUGUACUACACCUGAACAAUUAUCUGAAUGGACAAAGUGUGAACACUUUCAAAUAGAUCUUUCUUUCAAACGUGUUGCAGUUGCAUAUCAGAGGAUUUUUCAUGCUUUGUUUGAUUUAAUACUUCAAUUAACGGGUUCAGAACCUCAAUUUAAGCAUAUUCAUAAAAAAGGUUGGGACUGUGUUAUUGCAGAUCUGGAUUAUGCGAAAAUCAGAGAAAAACCAUAUAACGAUACUGUAAAAAAUAAUAUGUAUGCAAUUCUAACAGCUGAAUCAGAGGAUACAAUCAAUCAUUUAUUUGAUAAUAUUCAAAAAAUUGAUAAAAAUACUGCUGAUUGGAUUUCUUUUUAUCGUCAAAAGUGGGUUAUCGCAUCACUUAAUAAGUGUAUGUCAAAGAUUGACAAUAACAUUUGGUUAACAUCUCCCGAUAAUACUAAUACUGCUGAGGCUGCCCAUGCCUUAAGCAACCAUCGUGGAAAAAAUCUCAAACUAAUAGAGAAAGAUUCAAUGCAAUUCGUGUUCAUCAAAAAUACAAUAUACCUACUCGGGGACGGAAUUGCUCGUAACAUUCUAUCUAAUAAAUGUCAAGCUAAUGCACAGGCGAAAUCAACUUUUAUGAAACGUAAAUUACGAUCUACUAGUAAGAAAGGAUCUAAAAAAGGGGAUGUAAAUAACUCUGAUACUGAAGACGAAAUUCCUAUUAGUCAUAAACAAAGUGCAAAGAAAAAGCCUAGAAAAAGCAUUGUAGUUAAUUCUGAUACUGAAAAUGACGAUAAGGAGAAUGAGUUAACUUCAAGAAUUAGUGAACUUGAAUAUAAAGAACGGGUUCUGGCUUUAAAAGAGCGCGAAAUUGAUCUAAGAGAACGAGAGGCUAAAGUCUAUUUAAUGGAAUUAUCAAAUUUUGAGAAGGAGC